AAUAGCGUUCAAAGGCUUUAAAUAAAAGCUCUUUCAAGAUUCCCUUCCGCUAACCGCUUCUGCUACCUAAGCUGAUAAAGGAUAAAUUGUUAAGAUGGGAGUUGUAGUCAUGUGCGAUCCACACAGCUUUACUUCACGGAGUUGCUGCAAUACAUUUCCCACAAUGCACCGCGUUGUUGUGAGGCAACGCCAUCUUGACUCUUCCUCAUGAAUUAUACAUUAAGCCGACGUUUGCGUAGGAGGUCGGUCGACGUUCAUUGCAUAUUCGAGCAGUGUAUUUCCGACCAAGCGGGACGUACAGUCACGUCUCCGCCCUGAUAUGUCUCUACGCGCCCUGCCUCCUCCUUUCCCAACGACUUUAAUCGGUUAAAAAUGUUCCCUCGUAGCGACGGAGGAAGGCGAGGGGUGAAUGACUACCAGCGGAACAAAGAUGGAAAGUGUGCAGGCUACAGCUGACGAUGGCGACAAGUUAACGAAGAAGCCCAGCGGAGUGUCCAGUGGUCGCCGGACUCCAGCGGACGACGGCGGCGGCGGACAUCUCGCUCCCUCCCCCGUAGACGCGAAGAAUGGGAACGGUCUUUCCCACGCCGCCCCCACAAGCAGAAUCACGGCGUUUAACGGCCGAGGAUUAUCCGGCAACUCCGGCUCCCUGCUGCUAAGACGCAGGCGCUUGAAGAGGAACCUCAGCGCCGCCACAGCUGCGUCCAGCAGCGCCGCCUCCUCGGCUGUCACGGCCACCGCCUGCGGUGGUGCCAAGAUGAGCUCGGCCCUUUCCUCUGCGUCUCUGCACACACGGAGUCUGGACCGUAAGACUCUCCUCAAGCACCGGCAGAACAUGCAGCUACAACUGGCUGAUCGCGAGUGGGUUCGAACCGAUCUCCACCGAGGCGCCAUCCACGUCUACGACAGAUUGACGUCCUCGUAUCCCAGGCCGGUUCUCUGCACCGUGGACACCACAGCCGGCGAGGUCGCCCUUCGCCUGAACAAACUCUGCGGCAAGUCGAGCUCUGUUAUGCGCAUUUUUAGCAAAGACGGCCCCAAGCUGGAUCAAAAUGGCAACUGCAGUGUCAAGUAUGAGUACAAUUACAAUCUGUGCAAGGUCAUCGAAGACCCCACUAUGAAAUACGACCACUUGUCGGGCCUGGAAGCCACAGAUUUAGGAGGUCACGCUAGUGACAAGAUGAGACUGCUGCUCAUGACGAAUGCAGGUGAGAGGCAAAAGCAACAGGAUGGAAAACUUUUCACCCCAGAGUCAGAGUCCCAAGACAACAUAACUUGUUCACUGUCUGAUUUAAAUUUGAACUCAAACGUGGAUACCCCUAAUGAUGAUGAGUCCGAGCACAGGAAUGGAGUGGACAGCUACGGGCUCAAUUCUGGCUCGGAUGUGGAGAGCAGUGCAUUUGAUGACCUGAGCUCAGGGGCCCGACUCAGCGAGCACAGGGACUCCCUCAGUGAUGACAUGAUCCUGGGGACGGAUGCGUCCAUCCUCAGCCCAUCGUUUGACAGUGCCACAGAGGGCCAUGAUUUGUAUGGCAGUUCUUCGGAUGAGCUGGAGUUGGACUGCCCUGCGUCGAACACAAGCCUGGAUCCCAUCAACCAGCUCCACAGCAAUGGUGCCAGCUACAAGCAGUGCGACACAGUCUGUCGAAAUGAUGUGAUAAACGGCCUGCCCACCAGCAGCAGCGCAGGGUCCUUGUCGAGGGACAGCGCCGGAGGUAACACACCUGACAUCCAGGAUCCAGACUGCGGUACUGACAAAUCGGCGCUGACCUCCGACCAGGAUGGAAGUUCCUGCGACGAGUCCAUCCCCACACUGUAUGUUCAGCUGCACGGCGAAGCAGUCAGGAGGCUUAGCCCAGAUGAGAGGCCCCUGCAGAUCCAGAAUGACUUUCUCUUUAAGCUUGGAUUUAAGGACCCUUGGAGAGUUCAAGAGGAAGGGCUUAACACAGAAAUGGGUUCCCUGUUACGUUUCUAUGCAGGGAAGCCCCAAAACAUUGAGAGCUUGGAGCGGGUCCAGCUGUCAGGGACGUACAAUGUCCGCAAAGGGAAGCUUCAGCUGCCAGUCAACCGCUGGACCAGACGGCAGGUUAUACUUUGCGGCACCUGCCUCAUUGUCUCCUCUGUCAAAGAGAGCCAAACGGGGAAGAUGCACAUCCUGCCACUCAUCGGAGGAAAAGUGGAAGAAGUGAAGAAGCACAAUCACUGUUUGGCCUUCAGCUCUGCUGGGCCUCAGAGUCAGACCUAUUAUGUCAGCUUCGACAGCUUCACGGAGCACCUCCGCUGGCACAGACACGCUGCUAAGAUGGUGUCCCAGAGGAUCAACUCAGUCGAUCUUUCCUGCUGCAGUUUGGAGCAACUUCCACCCAACCUCUUCUACAGCCACGACCUCACCCAUCUGAACCUUAAACACAACUUUUUGCCUGCUGACCAGUGGCUGCAGCAGCUGCAAAGGUUCUCUCGUCUGCGGAGCCUCAACCUGUCCAACAACCACCUCGGCCAGUUUCCACUGGCCAUCUGUGACAUCCCAACGCUAACAGAGGUCAACCUCAGCUGUAAUUACUUGCCCUGUGUCCCCAACGCUGUUGGAGCCAUGUCCAAUUUGCAGACAUUCCUGCUCGACGGCAACAGCCUGAGCGAGCUUCCCGAUGAGCUGGGUUCCCUUCAGAGGCUGUCUUACUUGGGGCUCUCCUUCAACCAGUUCAGCCUUGUUCCACAGGUGUUGGAGCGCCUGGCUUCCAUGGAGAAGCUGUGCAUGGCUGGCAAUAACCUGGAAACGCUCACCUUGCAGAACUUCCGGCUUCUCCGUGUCAAACACGUGGAUCUCAGGCUGAAUAAGAUCUCCAACAUGAUUCCGGAUGAACCCGACCUGCUGAGGCACGUGACCCAACUGGACGUGAGGGACAAUCGGCUGACGCACUUGGAUGCCUCUGUGUUUCCCAGACUAGAGGUGCUUCACUGCGAGCGAAACCAAAUCACAAGCCUCAAGGUCAAGGGCUGCCUGCUGAAAGGCAUCUACGCCUCCAACAAUGAGCUGCAAAGCCUGGAUGUUAGCCCUGUGCCCUCCAAUCUUAGUUACAUGGACAUAUCACGGAACCUCAUGGAGUCUUUGCCAGACUGGCUGUGUGAAGCGAAGAAACUGGAAGUUCUGGAUGCCAGCCACAACCUCAUCAGCGAACUCCCAGCGCGGUUAUUAUGCAGCAGCAGUUUGAGGAAGCUCAGUGUGGGACACAACCAGUUGCAGAAGCUGCCUGAAAGGGUGGAGCGCCCUCUGCUGGAAGUUCUCGACGUGCACCAUAAUCAACUAGUGGAGCUACCCUGCAACCUGUUCCUCAAAUCUGUCAGCUUACGAUGCGUAAACGCUUCAGCCAACAAACUGGAGCAUCUGCCCCCCUCCACUCUGUCAGAGGAGAGCCACAGCAUCCUGCAGGAGCUCUACCUGACCAAUAACCGGCUCACAGACAAGUGCGUUCCCAUGCUGACGGGCCAUACGCACCUUCGGGUUUUGCACAUGGCUUACAACCAUCUCCAGACCUUCCCAGCCAGCAAAAUGGCCAAGCUGGAGGAGCUGGAGGAAGUGGACCUGAGCGGGAACACACUGAAAACCGUGCCCACCACCAUCAUGAACUGCAGACGUAUGCACACACUCAUCGCCCACUCCAACGCCAUUGAGGUCUUCCCUGAGGUCAUGCAGUUAUUGGAAAUGAAAUGUGUGGAUCUGAGCUGCAAUGAGUUGAGCGAGAUCACGCUGCCUGAGAAUCUGCCUCCCAAGCUUCAAGAACUGGACCUGACUGGAAACCCGCGUCUCAACCUGGACCACAAGACCCUGGAGCAACUCAAUAAUAUCCGCUGCUUUCGUAUUGAUCCGCCCCCGACCUUUUCAUCGAACGAUGCACCUGGUGGGCCCGCUGUGUGGAGUCAUGGUUACACGGAGGCCUCCGGCGUCAAGAACAAACUCUGUGUCGCAGCGCUUUCAGUAAACAGGUUUUGCGGAAGUCGCGAGGCUCUGUAUGGCGUGUUCGAUGGCGACAGGAACGUGGAAGUGCCCUACCUUCUGCAGUGCACCAUGAACGACAUCUUGGCGGAGGAGCUCCACAAGACCAAAAGCGAGGAGGACUACAUGACCAACACGUUUCUUGUCAUGCAAAGGAAGCUGGGAACCGCAGGCCAGAAGCUCGGCGGCUCUGCCGCACUGUGUCACAUCCGACAUGACCCUACCGACCCCAGCGGCUGCUUCAUCCUGACAGCUGCCAACGUGGGCAAAUGUCAGGCCAUCCUCUGUCGGAAUGGCAAGCCCUUGUCCCUCUCGUUGCUUCACAACGUCGGCCUGGACGAGGAAUACCGCAGGAUCAGGCAGCACAGAGCUAUCAUCACAGAGGACAACAAGGUCAAUGGCGUGACAGAUUCAACACGAAUCAUGGGCUACUCUUUUCUCUAUCCGUCGGUCAUCCCAUCUCCGUAUGUGCAGACAGUCACGCUCACCCCCCAGGAUGAGUUCUUCAUACUGGGCAGCCGUGGUUUGUGGGAUGCAGUGUCUCCCACCGAGGCCGUGGAAGCGGUCCGUAAUGUGCCUGAUGCCCUGGCCGCCGCAAAAAAGCUGUGCACACUGGCACAAGGUUAUGGUUGCACCGACAGCCUCAGCGCUGUGGUGGUCCAGCUCAGUGUGAGCGAAGACUGCUGCUCCUGUUGCUGUUCCGAGCCCCCUCAGCCACCGCCCAGUCCCAGCCUGGGCCCUUACCCUCCUUUGUCAUCCUCCGGGAUCAAGGAAAGGCCCUCGGACGGCUCCCUUCCUGUACCACCAUCGUCCUGCAGUGAAAUCAGCAGUGAGAUCAGCACCAGUGAGAUGAGCAGCGAGGUGGGCUCCACCGCCUCAUCUGAUGAGCCUCCACAGAGCUCCCUGGUGCUGCUGCACGAGCAGCCCCACCAUCCUCACCUUCACCUGCACCAUCAGGCCCACCCUAUGACCAUGCAGCACCAGCAGGCCCACACCGCUGGACAGCCCUGUCAGUAUCUGUUCACUGGCCCCGACUUGCCUUCAGCACGCAGCUGCUGCACGCUCCACCCGGCCUGCCUGGCGAGCUCCUUCCAACGCCAGCUAUCCAGUGCCACCUUCUCCAGCGCCCUCUCAGACAACGGGCUGGACAGCGAGGAUGAGGAGCCCAUCGCUGGCGUUUUCUCCAAUGGUAGCCGUGUAGAGGUAGAGGCUGAUGUUCAUUGCCUCAAGCAAGAGUGCUCCCUAACGCCACAAGCCAGUCAGGAGCGCGGCCAUCUUUCUCUGCCACCGCCACCCCCGCCGCCAUGCACACCUGAGCCACUGGAAGAAGGGGUGGACAUGAGCAUCGGGGGUGCUGAGAACGGGCUGGAGAGGGAUGAGUCAUGGCAAGGGGCAGGUGACACAGCAAAGGCAGCAUCCGCAAAGAGGAGGGUUAACGGCUCCGUAGCCCGUCAGGAGAAGAGUCACAACCUCAUCGAAGUGGCUGCUGACGCCCCCUCUAAGAAGUCAGGCGGGUAUUUCACCGCUCCGGCCCAGCCUGAUCCUGAUGAUCAGUUCAUCAUCCCCCCCGAGCUGGAGGAGGAGGUGAAGGAAAUCAUGAAGCAACAUCAGCAGAAACAACAGAAGCCGUCUGGGCCAGAUCAGCCUGUUGACUAUUUCGACACCCCUCUCUAGAACACCAGCUACAGUCUCAUCUCUCAUGCUGCUGCGGCAUGCACAACACCCCCCCUGCUCCCCAGUUACCCUCAUCACCCCGACUACAUGCACCACUGAUGAAGAAAAACCUCCAGACUUAUUUUUUUUCCCCAAACUGCCUUCUUGUUCCUGUGCGUGUUUUUCCUGCAGCUCCACACUGGAAAAACACGCAGAUGAGCCCUUUAAUGAAACUGGACCCACAGACCAUUGAACAUUGAUUUUUUUUUUCUUUCCUUAGACACACCCAAAUGUGUAAACGAUACUAGUCUUUUUGCAAUAGCAUCACACGUUAAUACCAACGCUUUGUUUGUUUUCUAAGAACUCACCAUAUCUUUUAAUGUGAAAGCAGUUGCUGACAGAACCUUUUUAAAAGCGACACAUAAUCUUUUUACUAUGUGGAAUGGUGCACCAGUAAUACCACACGUAACCGUUGUAGAUUGGGCACGUAAAGAUACUGUAUUUCUUCAGUAAAUUGUGGCUCUCGGCCUGUAAAAUGGCAUAGACUUUUUUUUUUGUAGAAACUCUGAAUACUAACUCCUAGGAGUUGCAUACUCUAUAUGGUGACUCAGUCACUUUUACUAAUCUUCUCUGAGAGAAAUGGUGAUUUUUUUCCAAUGAUUGUAAAUAAGAGAAAUGUUGUAUACUGAUGCUUUUAAAGGAACUGCGUACCAACAUGCCGGUGAAGGUUUUAAUUAGAAGUUUGCUGUUAUGGUGGUUGAACACCCCCCCCCCCCCCCACUUCUCUCCAUCCUGUUAUAUACCCUUUAGUCUCACAACACAUAAAAUCAACAUACAGAAACACAGAUAUUUAAUCCCCUCUUUGAUUGAUUUUGAUGUCCUGUAGUCAUCACUGUAUCUUAUAAACACUAAUAGACUGAUUUUUGCACACACACGUACAUACACAUUAUAUCAUCCCAGAGCCCUUUGACAGUUACCACCGGCAUGACUGUGUCGAGUUCAGUAAUACAAAAUAUAUCCACAUGGAAAAGAGACAACACAGAUGUUCCUGUCUUUGGUAUAAUAAAUUUUAAAUUUGUGAAUAUAA